AUUUUUUCUGUUCGUUUUCUUCCAUCUUUGGUUUCAGCAAUGGAUCAAUUUCUGCCCGUUGCUGCCACUGUCGCAGCCACUGUCGCUUCCAGCGACAACACGUCAUCGGCACUGACGUCGCUCGCCUCGUCGGUGGGCCAGGUCGCGCUGCUGACGGACGCCGUGAUUGGCCAGGGUGAGCUUGGCUGCGCGACCAAAUCCGGCGUGUCGCGUGGAUCCACGCGUCCAUUGCCAAGCGUCGACGUGGCAGGUCUCACGAGCCUCCUCGACUCGGCCAAGCGCAUCCUCGUCGCAGGCCACGAUGCCAGCGUGUCUCACGACCACGACGUCCACGAAGACGAGGCUGCCACCAACGCGUCCUUCCUGGGCCGAAUUGCAGACGCAAAGUCAAAGUUUGUCUCAGCGCUGUCCGAGGCAAUGACAACGACCGUCACUGCGCUCUGGGAGGCCGUUGUCGACAUUCGCGCCGCCGUCACGGACAUUGGGGUCGAGUCUGAAAUGAUUCAACUCUACAACCCUGUUUCGAGCACGGUCAAGGCUGAAGCUCGCUCGCUGGCUAGCGUCGCCCAACUCGCGCCAGUGGUCAACCAAGAGCGCCUUGCCGCCGUCACCGCACAGCUCCAGGCGACAAAGAAGGCCGCCCGUGUGACGCGCGUCAUCUUUGACCGUUUUUGCGCCAAUUUCGUUGAAUCAUUCAUGGAGACGCCCGAGUUUUCUGCUCUUAAGCAGCGAAUCGCGCACGAACCCGCGCUUUCCCCGACUGUGCUCAACCUGCUGCAAGCUGAACUGGAUCGUCUCGCUGCGAAUACCACUACUCCCAAAGCGGCGAAUGCGCAAACUGAACCGCAUCCUGAUACUCACGAUUUGUUCUUGACUGCGGACGAGCGCGAGUACGCCAAGCGCAAGGCAGCCGUCGUGCAAACCUUCGAUGCCUACCGCGAUUUCUUGGCCGAGCGCACCGCGUACCACUUUGGCUACCCGUACAACCUUGCGUUCGACAAUGAGCAUCUGCACUCGUUCAUGAACUACUCUUGCAACAACCUUGGCGACUGCUUUGUUGCGUCCAACUACGAAGUCCACACCCGCAAGUUUGAGAUUGGCGUCUUGGACUUUUUCGCCGAUCUGUGGAAGAUUCCUCGCGAAGACUACUGGGGCUAUGUGACGAGCUGCGGCACCGAAGGCAAUUUGCAUGGUCUGCUGCUCGCACGCGAGUGCCUCCCGACAGGCAUCUUGUACGCUUCCCGAGAAUCGCACUAUUCCGUCUUCAAGGCCGCCCGCUACUAUCGCAUGCAGUCUGUGUGCGUGCCGUCGCUGUACUCUGGGGAGAUUGAUUACGCCGCCUUGGAGGAGUCGAUUGCCGCCAAUCUGGACGUGCCCGUGAUCCUCUCUCUGAACAUUGGCACCACGGUCAAGGGCGCCAUUGACAACGUGGAUCGCGUUCUUGCGAUUCUCGCUCGUCUGAACAUUCCGCGCGAGCGCUUCCACAUCCAUUGCGAUGGUGCUCUCUCUGGUCUGAUGCUUCCGCUCAUGGAGAAUGCCACCGUUGUUGCCGACUUUACGCGUCCGAUCGACAGCAUGUCCGUGUCGGGCCACAAGUUCAUGGGAUGCCCCAUGCCGGCUGGCGUCGUCAUCUGCCGCAAAGACAACGUCAAGAAGGUGGAGCAGCACAUUGCAUACCUCAACUCGAAGGACACGACCAUCAUGGGAUCCCGCAACGGCCAGGCUCCUCUGUUCAUGUGGAACACCAUCCAACUCAAAGGCAAGUCCGGGUUUGCCAAGGACACGCACCAGUGCCUGACGCGUGCGGCCCUACUGAACAAGCGUCUGCGCGACGCCGGCGUGUCCAGCAUGCUCAACCCAAUGUCCAACACGGUCGUGUUUGAGCGGCCUGACGAGCAUGCAUUCGUCAAGAAGUGGCAGCUGGCUUGCGAAGGCAACAUUGCUCAUGCGAUUGUCAUGCCCAACAUCACCGAGGAGAAGAUUGUCGUGUUUGUGACCGAGCUGCUUGCCAGUCGCAAAGCGCAGGGCACCUGCGACAAGUGCGUGGCCAUGCACAUUGGUCGGGCCAACUGCCUGUGCACGCCGUGCAACACUGACGUGCAAAUCCCUAUUGCUUGAAGGCGCAAGGUUGAAUGAUCCAACACGCGGUUUAUUGACGCUGGUGCUUUCAUUAAACGAUUUCCACAAAGACAAAAACAAGC